AUGCCAAACCUAGAAGGCCUCAACUUGAGAUUCCGUACAAGCGCGCUUUCACGGCUGGAUGAAGGACGCAAGACAGAAUUGAACAGUCGCAUGGUUGCCAAACCGAAAUUGAAGACACUGAAUUUCAUACAGGAUAAUCCUCGCGAAACAUACGGGAUGAUCUUGAAUGAUAUUCCACUGCUCUUCCACCCAAGCCUCACAACUCUCAAACUGCAGAAAGUCCGCAUUCGUGAAUUCGGACGGCCAUCUGUCCGACCUCUCCCUUUUGAGAAUCUCGACUCCUUUUACCUUCAUGCCCCCGACUAUUCAUACGAGGUUCUAAACAAAUUCCUCAAGAACGCAAAGUCGCUCAGGCAUCUGGAGUUUCAUCAUCCUUUCGAAGUAUCAGCACGUUCAGAUCCCCCAGAUUUCUCCGAGCUCCUCCAGCCGUGCAAGAGCAGUCUCCAAAUACUCGAACUGUGGUGGGAUUGUAUGGAUCCCCUUUGCUUCAACAAUCCGGGCAUGAAAUUCGCGGACUUGACAGCCCUGCAAUAUCUCGCUAUUCCUCCUAGAGCAUUGUUUGGUCCGUAUUGGUUUGAGAAUGAUCUCGACUUCUUGCAAAUGCUCAAAGAUCAUAUCCCGCCCAACCUCAAGGUUCUGUUCCUGCAGGAUAUUAGUCCAUGUUGGUCAGAUGAGGAACUUGAUGAGGAACUUGAUGAGGACUGUGACCCAGAAGCAAUAUUACUUCCUAAUGAUUACAAACUGAUCAAGGCAUUGCUCACUAACAAGGAAUUAUUCCCGUCGCUAAGGUACAUUGCUUGGACAUCAGAGAUCGGCACUAUACCGCCAGAGGACCUUGACAAUAUGGCCGCAGAGUUAGGAAUGGCCAUCAAGUUGGUGGCUAAUAGGCCUGAGCUACCACCUGACCCGAAAUGGCUUGAUAGUCUAUGA